AUGGAGAGGCCGUCGGAUAAGCCUGAAGGGGCUGAUUGUGGAAUGGGAGGGUUGAAUGGAGGCGGGGCCCUGGAAAAGGGGGAAUUGGUUGGAUUGGAGAGCAAAGGGUCCUCGCCAGUGAAGAAGUCCCUUGAGGGCCAGAGUAUGGAAAGGACAAAAGGAGUUCGUGGGCCUUACCGAAAGACACGGGGGAUUGACGGGGGAGGAUAUGGACACUUGUACGGCAAUCUGUAUGAACAGGCACAGGCACGGAGACAGAAGGUUCUUGGGUUCCUGCAGAAGGAUCUGUUCCAGAUUGGGAGGCCUGAUCUGAGGAGAUUCAUGAAUCUCAACCAUGCUUACGAGUGUCUUCUUCCAUAUCAUAUAUUUGGGUUUGACCUGUAUGAAGACAUGCUGUUUAUGAAUAGCAAAGAGGUGGAUGGAAUCUCGAUGGAGAUAGACGAGAUGAUGGGACUACUCAAGGAGAUAACAGUUCUUGAGAACAGGCCCCUAGCAACUGAGGAUACACUGGUUUGCGAGCUGCUUUUGUAUUAUCAGCAAAGAUACAUAAAUUCUGUCUAUGGGGACGGAAGAAAACAAAGAGCUCAGAAAAGAUACAGACAACAGCUGAGUAAGAGAAACACCAUAUUUAGACUGAAAAUAGGGCUCAGGCCACAGAAAGGAAACGAUGUUGAUAUAAGAAACGGAAAGCUGUACUUCAAGAAAAGUAGGGGAUAA